AUGUUCUCAUUAGAGAAUGCACUUUAUUUUCAAGCUGGGCUUGGAUUCCUAGCCAAUAUGUUUCUUCUAGUUUUUUAUAUUUUCAUAAUCCUAGGUCACAGACCUAAGCCCACGGACCUGAUCUCCUGUCAACUGACCUUCGUUCACAUAAUGAUGAUCCUCACUGGAGGAAAUCUCAUACUUACAGACAUAUUUGAGUCACUGAAUGUUGAGAAUGACAUCAAAUGUAAGGCAACUUUAUACACAAACAGAGUGAUGAGAGGCCUCUCUAUCUGCAUCACCUGCCUCCUGAGUGUGAUCCAGGCUGUCACAAUCAGUCCCAGUACCUCUAUACUGGCAAAAUUUAAACAUAAACUAAGAAAACACAUGGUCAAUGCUUCUUUCUUUUAUAUUUGCUCUUUCAAUUUUUCUCUUAGUAGUAUCCUGAUCUUCUAUGUUGGCGGUUUUACCAACAUGAGUGAGACCAAGCAGAUGAAGAUCACUAAAUCCUGCUUAAUCUUGCCAAUGAACUACAUCAUCAGGGGAAUGGUUGUAACAGUGACAAUUGUCAGAGAUGUGUUCUUUGUAGGAGUCAUGCUGAUCACAAGCACAUACAUGGUGAUUAUCUUGUUCAGGCAUCAGAGGCAAUGCCAGCAUCUUCAUAGCAUCAACCAUCUGAGAGCAUCCCCUGAGAAAAGGGCCACCCAGACCAUCUUGCUGUUGGUAGUUUUCUUUGUGGUCAUGUACUGGGUGGACUUCAUCCUCUCAUCCUCCUCAGUCCUGUUAUGGAUGUAUGACCCAGUCGUUCUGAUUGUUCAGAAGUUUGUGAUGUAUGCCUAUCCCACAAUUACUCCAUUGGUACAAAUUAGUUCUGAUAAUAGACUAAUCAAUGUGUUGAAAACCUUGCAGUCAAAAUGCCACUAG